AUGCCUAAAAGGAGAAACGUCACGUCUAGUGAGCAGAAAAUACCUGCAAAAGAUGACGGUUCAGUUCCCGAGAGGUCUCUGAAACUUCGAAAACAGAAUAGGCCUUUAGAAGAUAAAGAGAUAUGUGAAGAUCUUACUAACGAGAGUGACGACAACUGUAGUGAUUUUGACGACGAUGUAGGCGAUCCUGAUUUUAUUUUAGAGAGCGAUCACAACACGGAAUCUGAACAAUCCGAUGAGGAUGAUGUUGACGUCACGUAUCCCCAUGUUGAGGAAGACAUUACAGAACAGAUCGGAAAAGAGACAAUAGUCGGAGAGAAACAGCAUGGCGCAGCAGAGACUAGAAUUGAAGAGAUCGGAGAGGAGCAGUAUAGCGAAGUAGAGACGCGAAAUGACCAGGGUAGUGAAGAUCUUAGAAUAGACCAGGAGCCAAAUGAAGAAUCAACAGGAGAGCUGCCGCGCUAUUUUUACGGGAAGAAUAGGUACAAAUGGGCAUCGGCGGAACCAUCCCGAACAAGUCGAGUACGCGUGCACAAUAUUGUCAAUGCACCAUCUCAAUACAACAAGUGCACAAACAAGGGCGACAUAAGUCGUGGCCGAUUUUUACUCCUGCUGGCUCGUGAAUUAGUACUCCCGGAAAUGAAAUUACGCGUCUACAAUGAGAGGAUCCCACGGGAAUUGCGGCUAAGUAUCGAGCGAGUUAUUGGACCCGCCGAUAUGCCCGAGCCUCCACCACCAAAAACUUACCAGGAUCCAGAUUCAGGUGUUAGAAAAACAUGUGCAAUCUGUCCCAGUCGGUUGAAAAGGCGAACGAAGUACUGUUGCUGCAAAUGCAAGAAACCAAUGUGCCUUACUUGCUGCCUACAAAUAUGCAUUGACUGCAAAUGUACGUAG